AUGCCAUCUUACCCGGGAUUUAUUCCUCAUCGGCCGCGAUCGCGAGUUUCUCAACUGGUUGUGAACACCGCGCCAGUCCAGGAUGGGAUCAACCCAUUCGAAGAUCAUUUCAAUCCAGUCCGUGCGCCGAGCGCUAGUAGCUCACACUCAAGUGAUACGUCGACCAGCUCGACGUUGGUAGAGGAUCCGAAUACGGAUUCCGCCGAUCCCAUCUGGCUUGGUGACGACAUCGCGAUACCCUUGGAGUAUAUGUUUCCGAACUCGGAUCAACCAGAGCAUCCCUUUGCCCCUUCUCCCAUCCAGGUCCACCGCCCUCUUCGCUAUUCCUUCUCCCGUUCCACCGGACACUCCGCUCCUUCUAAGCCAUCAAACAACAGCAACGCCCCACCCUCGUUACCCGCUCCUCCCACUGUCCCUCGUCUCUGGCUCCACCGCCGCCGGCACGAGCGGCCAAAUAGCACCUACACCACCCCAGCGCCUUCCACCUCCACAUCGUCCCCCUUUGACCCUUCCACCGCGGGCACGCAAGCCUCUGCGACGUCGUCCAAUCGUUCUUCCUUCCUCACAUCGCUGUGGCACUCUCGCUGGCCGAAAACAGACGAAGAAGAUUCUCCGAUCUUCGGACAGACGACGCCUCGACCACCUACUCCGUCUCGCCAACAACAGCGCUGUUAUCAACGGCUAUCAGACGAUCACUCGGUGAAAAACGUCACCCAGAAUCAGGAUCAGAUCCCCUCGCAUCCGAUAAAGGACAAAGAGGGAUUGUCGACUAAGCGAGCGAGGCCUACGUCUACGAUUUCGAAGAGCUCGACGGUGACUGUACAGCCGCCGAGGAGUAUUCUAACAAGGGCGGAUUCGAAGGCAUCGAGAAACACGACGGGGACACAUAAGAUGGGAGGAGGUACAGUGAAGUUUGUGGAGAAGCCGAAGAAGUGGGAAUAUGAUUGCGAGGACCCGUUUUCCGAUAAGGAGUACGGGUACGGACAGAAUGGGGCCAAGAGGAGGAGAAUUACUGGGUAUGCCGUGAGGAAGGAUGCGGAGGAUGAAGAUGAGGAAGAGGAUAUCGACGAAGGAUUCGCGGAGGUGGAGAGGAAGGAUUCGAAGCGACGACUCAUGCUUAGGAGCCCGAGUCCUGCAUCGAGCAUUGGAGGGAAGAAGAAAUGCCCGAACGAGGUUUAUUGGGGCAAGGGACGAGGCCUGCAGGGCGACGAUUUAGACGACCUGGAAUACGACGACCUAAUGCCUUACUCGCUUUCACACUCGCUCUCCGCAUCACAUUCCCAUUCGUCUACGACCUCCAAACGCAACGUACGCAAAAGCGCGAGCGAAGGGGUUCUCAAGCGGCUGGCUUCAGGCAAGUCGCCGUCUUCUGGGCAAGGGAAGGGUAAUGGGCAUGGGCAUGAACGAGGGCAGAGUGGAGAGUCAGGCGCCAAGGCCACGAAGGGGACUGUGCGAGGGACGGCGCAGGUGCAGAAACCUAUGAUCUCGGGUCCUUUCCCGCUUGCGAAGGCGAGCUCGGUGAAAGAUCUGAGAGAAGCGGUGAAGCAGGAGAGGAGAGGUGUAGGGCGACCAGCUCCUCCUAUCCCGGUGAAGAAGGAGAAGGGUCUUUCCCCAAUACCUCCUCCGCUACCUGCAUUCGUACCACAUCGGUCGCGGAGUACGAAGAAACCUGGUGUCGGUGACACUGGUGCCACCGCUGUCGGGCUGAGGGUGAAGGCCAUCGAAGCUUCGAUUGGGGAGCAUGAGCGCGAGGAGCAGAUGAAGUCCAAGAAAGGACAGAGUCGGCUGAAGAAUAUCUGGCCAUGGUCUGGAACGCAUGUUGGGUCUUCGUAG